AUGGCGCUGGCUACUAAUUUGCAGCCGCUGGCUUAUGCCGUGGCCUACGUUACCUUCUUUUUGGGCACCACUUCGACUUUCUUGAGAUUCUACUGUCGCUACAUUGUAUCGAGGAUUUGGGGAUGGGAUGACUACUUCGCUGUGGUGGUCUUCAUCUUCAGUCUCGCUCAGCAAGGUGUUUUGCAUAUGUUUUUGUACUGGGGAUGCGGAUUACAUAUGGAUGUUCUUAAUACCAUUCAGCAAUUCGAGAUUGUCAAGUGGCUUUUUGUCGAGGAGAUAAUCUACUACUCUGUUCACUGGGUCAUUAAAUCCGCUUUUCUCUUCUUCUACCUCCGGUUAUCGCCCGAAAUUACCGCCUUCCGGUACGCCGUCUACGCUGGCGUGGGUUUGAACACUAUUGUAUGGGCGUGCAAUAUGCUUCUUGCUUGCAUUCAGUGCUUGCCUUUUGACGAAAUCCUGCAUCCAGGCACGCACGCAGACGCCUACUGUAUGCACAAACUUAUCGUCCUCAUCGGACCAUGCUUAUUGAACAUCGCCUUGGAUCUAUAUAUCCUCAUUCUGCCCAUUUCCACCAUCUGGAGCUGCCAAUUGCCUUUGCGUCGCAAGGUCGCCGUCCUCAGCGUUAUCGCAUUCGGUAGCAUAUCCGUCAUCAUCGCAACAUUCCGCCUGAUUCCCCUACUCCAACUCGGUGACCAGUCCGGUGAGCCCAUUGAUACCUCUUGGAUUCUAGGUAAAAUGGUCAUCAUCGCCUCACUUGAGGUGCAAUUCGCCAUCGUCGCCGUCAACCUCCCUCUACUCAAGAAACUCUUCACAAGCCUCGCAGACGACGAUAGUCUAGUAGAAGCACCACAAGACUGGAAGUGGAAAGCCCGCAGACUAUCCUCAAACUGCAGCGACGACUCGGAAGAUGACGAUUUCUAUGUUUCUGGAGGGAACGGACGCGGUCACCACUGGCGGAAGAGCAAAGCUAUGUCCCACGACAGUUUCAGGGCAAGCAUCGCUUCGAGUCUGGCAUCUGACGAAGCAUCUCUUGAGGCUGGUGUGGCUGUCGCACUGCCAGUGCUAUGGGUCAAGACCAAUGUGCAAACGGUCAGAGUGGGAAGAGGUCAUGUUAGUAGAGGACAUGUGGUUAGGAGUCUGGUUAGAUAUAGUUUCGAGAGGGUUGAGGAUUGUUUCCCUAGAGGCCACUUCUUGAGGACCUAUGGUAGGCCCGAGUCGAGGAGACCGAUGAGCAUUUUGCCGACUUGUAUGGAAUUAUGA